AUGAGGGUUUUCAAGAAGAAAUUAUUGUUGAGAAAUCAACCAUGGAUUAUAAACAAGAGAAGAAGACGAGAGAGAUCUUGCAGAGAUGAUAGAUGUCAGGUAGACAACAUUCAUCGUGAUCUAACCUUGGAGAUACUCUCAAGGCUUCCUCCAAAAUCGAUCUUGAGAUUUCGAUGUGUCUCGAAGCUGUGGUAUUCUAUUACCACUCUUCCUAGUUUUAUCAACUCGUUCACGUCUCGGUCCACUUCACGAAUUAUGGUGACAUUAUCAUCAAAAUCAGCAAAACAUGUAUUAUUCUUUCCUACACACCAGAUUCCUGACGGGUCGUUUUAUUCUCCACUAGACAGUUAUGAAGUAACAAACUUAGAUUGGAAAAAUUCGCGAUCCGAGAGCAUCCAUGGAUUGAUUUUAACACCCACAUUGGAGAUUUGGAAUCCAAUCUUGAGACGGUUUUUAGCCUUACCACAUCCUCCUAGUAAACACAGCUCCAGUCAAGGUUGGUGGUCUUUUUUUGGUUGGUCGUCUUAUUUAGGAUACGAUCCAUUGGAAGGUAAACACAAAGUACUUUGUGUAUUAUCUACAAAAUACUCGGAUGACCCUCUGAUUCUUACAUUGGGAGGUCAAGAAACAUGGAGAACAAUAACCAAAGGACGUUGCCCUAUGCAUCGUCCAACUGGAGAAUAUGGGCGAUGCUUCAAUGGGAUUCUGUAUUAUAGAGCUCGUCUUCUUGGUGAUGGUUAUGAUAUCAUAAUGAGCUUUGAUGUCAAAUCUGAAAACUUCAAUAUUAUAAAAUUUCCGGAGGAUCGCGCUUGUCAGCUUCAUAUGAUACCUUAUGAGGGAAGGGUAGCCUUAGUUACUCAGAGCAACUCCAUUGCUGAACCUCUAAAGAGGGUCCUUAGCAUUUUGUUUUAA